CAAGUUGGCAAUCAACUAUUCGUAUGGUUUUGAAUAAAUUCAGUCAAAAUACUUGUCUACGAUUUGUGGAGGGUACUGGACCAGACUAUCUCCUUUUCAAUCAAGGCGAGGGAUGUUACUCAUCCGUAGGGCGACUUGGAGGAGCUCAGGAAAUUUCUAUCGGUUAUGGUUGUGAAACAGAAGGAAUCAUCAGCCACGAAAUUGGACAUUCAUUGGGAUUUUAUCACGAACAAGCUCGACCUGACCGAGAUAACUAUGUGUCGUGA